ACGACACGCAGUGAUAUGUAUGCAUAUCUCUGGUACUUCUAAUCUGUGCGGACCGAGAAUAAUGCGACUGCACGAGAAGAAGAGAACCACGCAGCAUCACCGUCAAGCCGGUCUCGCACCGUUCAAAUGAACUAUAAUACGACAUUAAUGCCGCCACGCAUUGACGUUGGCAUUACCAGGCCCAUGAGGCCACGGGAACGAGCCACCAAAGAAAAGGGUGGCCUCAUCCCAUUAUUGAUCUGUGUAUCCAUCCUUGUUAUCAUUUCCUUUGUCUAUCUGCACAUAUUUCCUUUGUUCUGGAGAAAAAAGCCCUGGUCUGCGAUUUGGCUACCCGGCUACUGGAUGGCGUCCAUUUGGGAUCUUUAUGAUUGAUUAUAUACCCAUGCUGUGUGGCUUUCUUAUUUCGCAACGUGCACUGAUUGUCCAUAUGUCAUGUUAUACUUAUUGAGUUAUGCUA